AUGCAUACUCGGGGGCCGUAUCCAUCGCCAAAAAAUGUUAAAGGGAUUCAGAUCCAUCUCCUUUCGUCGGCGAGGAAAGCUGUGGAGGUGGACGAGACUGCUGUGGAGGUCGACGUGCAAAAUGCGGAGGUCGGCGAGGCUAAUGUGAAGCAACAGAGUGGGGACAUAAUGUGGAUGUCAAAACCAUCAUCUUCAUCACCGUCACAGCUUAAAGGGAAAAGGGUGCCGUGCAACGGCGACAUCUCAUCGGCCGGCAUCGGAAGUUUAAUUUUCGGUAAUCUAUCUCCGGGUUUGUGA